CACCCCAUUCCCAAAAACAUAGACAGAAACAACGCCACCACCACCAACAACACGACAGAGAUUCCCACCAACCAUUGAAAAGGUGGGAAGGAGGGAGCUCCAGAAAAAUCAACAGCAAAAGAGGGAUCUCAGAAACAAAGCAAGAACGAUUUCCAUGGAGGGAUUGGUGGCUGCAUCCUCGCGAGUCGUCCCAGUUCGGAUUCAUUUGAGGCAGAAGCACCUUUCUUUUGUUUCUGCAUCUUCAGUGCAAUUUACAAGACGCUUGUAUCGAAACAGAGGUCAAGUUGGAAUGAGACAACAUCCCAAAUUACGGAACUCGAUUGCUGCUUCAGCUCAACCAUUAGAAGCCACAUUGAGCCCUUCUGGCAACAGGCUACCAUCCAAAGAGGUUCUUGAUGUAUGGAGAAAUGCUGAUGCGGUGUGCUUCGAUGUGGAUAGCACGGUUUGCCUGGAUGAGGGCAUUGAUGAACUUGCAGAACAUUGUGGAGCUGGAAAGGCUGUUGCAGAAUGGACUGCUAGGGCAAUGGGUGGUUCAGUACCUUUUGAGGAGGCUUUGGCUGCUAGACUAUCUUUGUUCAAGCCUUCCCUAUCUCAAGUUCAAGAUUUUCUCGAAAAGAACCCUGCAAAGCUUUCUCCUGGCAUAGUUGAGUUAGUCAAGAAGCUGAAGGCUAAAGGCACCGACGUUUACCUGGUCUCUGGAGGCUUCCGUCAAAUGAUCAAACCUGUAGCGGCAAUUCUUGAUAUACCAACUGAAAACGUGUUUGCUAAUCAACUACUGUUUGGAACUUCCGGAGAGUUUCUGGGGUUUGACAAAAAUGAGCCCACUUCAAGGAGUGGUGGAAAAGCCACCGCAGUGCAACAAAUAAGGAAGGCUCACAAUUACAAGGAAUUAGUCAUGAUUGGGGAUGGUGCGACUGAUCUCGAGGCACGCCAGCCCGGAGGUGCUGACUUGUUCAUUUGCUAUGCUGGUGUUCAACUACGCGAGGCUGUUGCGGCUAAGGCUGAUUGGCUUGUUUUCAAUUUUCAAGACUUGAUACGUUCCUUGGAUUAAUUCAGCCCGAGAUUAUACUUUAUUUUGUAGUAUUGUUUCUUCGUUACGCUGCCUGCGCUGCUGCAUUGGUAUAGUAACUGUAACAUUUUUCUAAUUUGUACCGCGUGAUAUGCUUUCCGGCGUGUAAAACUCGUCGGAAGAUGAAUAAGGAAGUGUGUGUUUGGGUGUUUGUUAGGAAGCCGUGUGAGAGUGAAAGGAUUGUAGUGUGAAUUGGAAAAUACUACACAAAAGAUGCCAAGGUUAAAGUUUAUACAAGUGAUUGGAGUAUUUAUACAUUGAA